AUGUCUGGCAAUAACUGCACUGCUGUGACUGAAUUCAUUCUUUUGGGGUUAACAGAUGAUCCAAACCUUUGUGUCAUUCUGUUCAUAAUAUUUCUAGGUGUAUAUGCUGUUACACUCAUUGGUAACCUUACCAUAAUUAUCUUGAUUAGAAAAAGCUCUCAACUUCACACUCCAAUGUACCUUUUUCUAAGCCACUUGGCUUCUGUAGACACUGCAUAUUCCUCAUCUGUCACACCUGUUAUGCUCAGAAACUUCCUUGCUGACAAAACCUCAAUCCCUCUGGGAGGCUGUGUAGCCCAGAUGUUCUGUGGUGCCAUCUUUGGGACCACUGAAUGUUUUCUGCUGGCUGUGAUGGCCUAUGAUAGGUAUGUGGCCAUCUGUAGCCCCUUACUCUAUUCCACCAACAUGUCUACUAAAGUCUGCUCUCUGUUACUCAUCAUCUCCUAUGUAGGUGGAUGUGUGACUGCUUGGAUCUUUACUGGUUGUUUACUGAAUCAGUCCUUCUGUGGACCCAAUGAGAUCAAUCAUUUCUUCUGUGAUUAUUCACCAGUUUUAGAGCUUUCCUCCUACCAUGAUGAUCUUGCUGAAAUUCUUCCUGCUGUCUUUGCUGGGUCAGUAAUGAUGACCACAGUGUUAAUUAUCAUAAUUUCCUAUAUAUAUAUCCUCUUCUCUGUCCUGAAGAUAAACUCCACUGAGGGGAGAUCCAAAGCCUUCUCAACUUGCACCUCCCACCUCACAGCAGUCACUCUAUUCUAUGGGACCACUACAUUCAUUUAUUUGAUGCCAAAGUCCAGCUACUCAACAGAUGAGAAUAAAGUGGUUUCUGUUUUCUACAUUGUAAUGAUUCCUAUGUUGAACCCCCUGAUCUAUAGUCUAAGGAACAAUGAAGUGAAAGGGGCCUUGAGAAAACUGAUGAGUCAGAAGCACCUUUUUUCUUGAAAUCUACUUACUAC